CCUUGUCCUACCGCGAAUCGUUGCGCCUCGGGGCAAUGGCAAAUUACUUUCAGCAAUGGGCGCCGCAGUUCACGCAAAAUACCGAGUACCAACCGGUCCAUAAUCCACAUAGCGAAGAACCACCGUCGAACGUUGGGAAACCAUCGGAAUUUUUCAUUCAAGACCACCAGAAUCAGGAACUUCUUCUGCCGCAAAGCAGAUACAAAUCACCCCGGCUGUUCAGGUCAAAUUUCGGAGGCCUGAAGCGAACACUUGUCUUCUUCCUUUGUGUCGCGCUCUCUGUUCUGCUCGUGAAUAUCUUCUGGCUGCUGUACGCCAAAACACAUUACGGUGGGAUCGAAUCUGGAUACGGGAUCAUCCAACGUGGAGACUGCAAUGAAGUGAAGAAGACGAACACAUGGCUGCAUUUAUUGAUUAACAUCCUAUCCACGCUAUUGUUGACCGGAAGCAAUGCCUUUAUGUCAACCUACUCCUGCCCGAGCAGAAAGGAAGUUGAUAGAGCACAUGCCCGGAAAAAGUGGUUGCAUGUUGGAAUGCUGAGCUUCCGAAAUUUGACCAGGAUUGCAAAAAGGAAGAGCCUCGUCGUCAUUCUUUUGUGCUUGAGCAGCGUGCCUUUUCAUCUACUAUACAAUUCCAUGGUGUUUGUCUCUCUCAGCUCAAACAAUUACUACUGGGCAGUUGCAACCGAAGAUUUCGCAAAUGGUGAGCCGUUCAAUCUGACGGGGCCUCUUUUCUCAUUCGGCGGAAGUGGGGAGUUUUUCCGGAUUCCACAGCUUCCAGACGGCUCUGCAGACUCUACUCUUGCUGCCAUACCAUACGACCAGGGUGAGGUUGAUAAGCUCUAUGCUUAUUUUGAUGGAAUUCAACAGAACGCGUCGAAAUGGGAGACCCUUAGCAAUUACGACUGCAUCAAAGCGUAUUCAAAUGUUUUUCUUGCAGGACGUCGCAACGUGAUCCUCGUUUCGAGCCAAAGGAACGAUACAAAUUCUAUCCUCAAGUACGAUAGCUCCGUCCUCGUGAGCGGCAACUUAGAUAAUAAUUGGUGGAUAUGUUCUUCCAAUGGCCAGGAUGGAGGCAACCUAGUAUGUCAGCCUGACAGCUAUCUCCCCAAGGCGGAUGAAUGGACUGUGUUUGGCUAUCCUAUUGAUCACUGUCUCAGUGAGCAGGUGGAAGAUGUGUGUGAGGUUGAAUUCAGCCUGUUGAUAAUGAUUUUGGUCAUAUCGUUCAAUCUCCUGAAAGUGUUGGCAAUGUCUUUUGUGCUGUGGAGGUAUAAAACAGAGCACAUUCUCACCUCGGUUGGUGACGCGGCUGCGAGCUUUCUGGCGAGAGAAGAUGACACGACGAGAGGCAUGUGCCUUGCCGAUCGGGUAAACAUCAAACACCUUUGGCGCAUCCCUGGCGCUGGCCUUCCAUACAGCGACAAAAGGCUACGAUGGGCUCAAUCAGUCAACAAAGGAAAGUGGACGUUUUUUGCAUUGCUGCUCGGAGUUUCGUAUGGUCUUAUUGCUUUAUUUGGUGCCUGGGGUUUUUCUCACACCAAGAAAAGGGGUGUCAGUAUGUCGUUUUCUUCUCUUUGGCAACUCGGCUUCGGUACCCCUCAUCAAGAUGCCAUUGUGAUUUACGACCUCCAAGGUAUUAGCACAAUCGGCAUGGCCGUCUUGGCAAAUUUACCGCAGAUUUUCCUAGCCAUGGUUUGGUUACUUUACAUGGGGAUCAUUACUACCAUGUUCCUCGCCUCAGACUGGGCCCGCUAUAGCUCGCGGGCACAAUCGCUGAUGGUCAGCAGCCCUAAAGGCGAACAACGAAGUAUGUGGUUCCUUGGUGCACCUUUUGCCUAUGGGAGCGUUCUUCUCGUUCUGCAGAUCAUCCUCCAUUGGUUGAUCUCCCAGGCCAUUUUUGUUAUCUCAAUAAUGAUAUACAAUCCAGAUGGCAGUCCUGCACAGUCACUCUCGAAAUUCGUCAACUGCGGAUAUUCUCCGAUUGCUAUCAUCUUCUCUAUCAUCGGAGCAACUGUCAUAGUAAUGAGCGCAAUUGCACUUUCGAUGAGAAGGUUCCCUACGGGAGCGCCACCUGUGGUGGCAACAUGCAGCGCGGCAAUCAGCUCAGCAUGUCACCUAACAGCCGGUUUGCACAAUGAAGCCGUAGUUUACGAGAAGCUACUGUGGGGACAAUCUUCAGUAGGUUUGAAUGGUGUUGCACAUUGCUCUCUAGUACCAGCGAGUCAUGCUCGAACAGGCCAAGUACAGCCACCCAUUCCCGGAAGACUCUACUCAGGCCUGGAACACGAUCCUCUGUACUAAAUAUUCACUUGUUCAUAAC